AUGUCGUCCGUAUCUCUCCGUUCUUUGUCGAACAUAAGCGAGACUUCUAGCCAGUUUAUGGCGGCCGAUAUAGUCAAUUUAGAUACUAAAAUCUCGAUGCCCUUUUCCCUUUGCAACAAUCAUAUGGUCAAGAUCUUCAAGAUAUUGAUGAACAGGACGUCGACCCGUCUAGCCGGGCUACUAGUGAUGACGAGGGACAAGAAGAAUUUAUCUACAACAUUUGUCCUUCUAAGUGGAAAGUUGGGACCCUCGAGGCUCUAA